AUGUAGCAUUGGGCAGGGCAAAACACCGGUGACAACCACAAAGAUGAGAAGCAGGUUCAGCUUUCAACAGUGGCACAGAAAAUUUGCAAGAGAGAGCAUUUUUUCAAUUUCACUUACUGAAGUGUGUGGAAUGGAAAAGAAUGGCUUGACUUCUGAUACACAGCUCACAGUAGCUCCACCCUUUUCUAAGCCUGCACUCCUCGCUCUCAGCCAGAUCUCACACUAUCAGUGAAUCACAAGAUUGACUGACUGGCUUUUAAAACCAGUUCUUACUCAACAGACAAAGGCUUCCCGAAGGAUGUCUGCCACUACUCAAGAAGAGGACGAAGUGCCCGCCAAUCACACAGGUCCCAAAGGUGUCAUUAAUGACUGGCGAAGGUUUAAGUUGGACAGUGUGGAUCAGACCGUCCCUCAGAACAAGAGAGAGCUGCUCAGACAAAUGUCCAGUCCUCGAGAUGAUGACAAGGAGAGACUCAACAGAAAGAUGAGUGUUCAGGAGUAUGAGUUGAUCCAAGAUGAGGACGAACGCUGCCUAAAACGCUACAGAAAACAGUGUAUGCAGGAAAUGCACGAGCGCCUGAGCUUUGGUCCCAAGUUUGAAUCAGUCCAUGAACUUGAGAGCGGAGAAGCAUUCCUUGAAGUCAUAGAGAAGGAACACCGGUUGACCCUGGUGGUGGUCCACAUCUACCAGCAUGGUGUCAAAGGCUGUGAAGAGCUGAACUCAUGCCUGGACUGUUUGGCUACUGAAUACCCCAGUGUUAAAUUUUGUCGUAUUGAUGCCGUGGCCACUGGUGCUGCUGAACGCUUCUCCUCUGAGGUUCUUCCUACCCUGUUGGUGUACAAGGCUGGUGAGUUACUGGGUAACUUCCUGGCUGUGACCAAACACUUCAAUGAAGAGUUCUUUGCAACGGAUGUUGAGGCUUUUCUCAAUGAAUAUGGCCUCUUACCCGAGAAGGAAUUUGAAGCGUGUGCUGCUGAUGAGGAUGAGGGGGGGGAAGUGGAAUAGAGCAAUUAUGCAGUGCACUGGAGGGGAGCAAAUACAAGUAGAAAACAGGGGGGGAAGGAUCUGACAGUAAGGGGCAAAUAAAAAGGAGAGCUGAGGAAAAGGAGUGGAAGAACAGCAGCUGGGAUAUAAACACGAGUUUAAAAAAAAGCACAAAACUGUGCAUACAGAUAAACAUCUAGCAGCUCAAAUGCUGAAUCUAUUUAGAGACUGUUAGAAGUAAACCACAGACGGUGAGGACGUCUGUGCUGAAAUACUGCUUAGCGGUGAUGUCAUAACUCUCCAAUAAAAGAUGUCUUCAUCACAGUU